AGUGAAGCGGGCAACAUGGUCCGCAGGGCGUUGCAUGGACAUAUCUUGGCGCUCAUCGCUGCCCUCGUCUGAGCCAUCUGAUCAACGUGCUGACCUCUUCGGAAGCACGUACGGCGUAAACUCACGUGAUUCGACUCUGGCUGGGUAGCUAGACGAACAUAGGUGGAGGGUGUGCGGAGCGACCAGAAGAGCGUACAUAUGGCUUGCAUCAGUCAGGAUCACAGCAUCAUCGCCCAAUCCACGCACAAUUCUACCAACCAUAUACCUUCCUCAUCCACAUCUCGACAUCAUGACAGCUCCGGCACGUCACAUCAGCAUUGUAGGGGGAGGCAUCAUUGGUGUCUCUUCGCUCUACUAUCUCUCGCGCGCUUUGUCUCGCCUGCCAGCAGGCAGUACCUUGAAUCUGUACGAAGCAGGUCAAGAUGUAGCACCUGCAGCGAGCGGCAAGAGUGGAGGCUUUUUGGCUUUAGAUUGGCAUGGUACCGCAACUGCCGACCUAGCAGAGCUCAGUUUCAGGCUGCAUAAAGAGCUUGCCGACGAAUUUAGCGGAAGAGAAAAAUGGGGCUAUCGAGAGGUUGAGACUCUCUCUGUGAAAUUCGAUUCGAACAGGUCGCGGUCAAAGGGCCCAGCUAGCCUGGACUGGGUAGACGGAAAGCAUGUCUCUUCUUCCUCGACGAUGGGUGGCAAUGGCACGACAGCUCAAGUGACUCCCAGACCUUUGGUACGACAUUUGGCCAGCGAAGCCCUGAAGGUGUCUGGCGUAAGCAUACACAAGGCGACUCGAGUUGUUGCAGCAGAGCUUGAUGCUGCCAGUGGAAGGGUUAAGCAGAUCAAGGUGCGAAAUGCGCACGGAAGCGAAGAGGAUGUCGAGAGCACAGAUUUGAUCAUCGCGGCUGGACCUUGGACAGGCGCACUAGCGUCAUCGCUAUUCUCCAAUUCUGAAGCUGGCUUGCCGUCUUUGCUCAGAAAAGCAAAGAAGAUUGGUGGCAGUCGAGCACACAGCGUGGUCAUUCAAGGUUCGAGGCCCACGACCGCUCACUGCCUUUUUACCGACAUGCGGUACGGUAAUAAAGCGGCUGCGCCGGAGGUGUAUGCGCGCGAGGAUGGGACGGUGUACAUAUGCGGCGGUUCAGACGAAGUGAUUUUGCCAGAGAACGAAUCAGACAUCGUUCCCGAUCUCAAAGCGACGGCGAAGUUGAUCGAACAAGCAGCCGUCCUCUCGCCAGACGUUCUCAACGUCGACAAGGGCGCCAAAGUCAAAGCCGAGCAAGCUUGUUACUUGCCAAUCAGUGAAGGGACUGGAUCACCCGUCAUCACUGGUGAUGCCAAGAGCGGCAUCUACAUUGCGGCGGGCCAUUCCUGCUGGGGCAUCACGCUGGGCGUUGGCACUGGAAAGGUCGUUCAGGAACUGGUCACGGAUGGGAAAGUUAGCAGCGCGGACAUCCGAAUGCUGCAAUGAUCCCUU